AUGGAGGCCUUGAGUGAAGAUCUGUUAGUCGAAAUCCUGGCGAAAGUGCCCGUAAAACCUUUGCUCCGUCUUAGGACCGUAUGCAAUUCAUGGAACUCCAUCAUAGCCAGCCCCGAAUUCCGUUCCUUGCACCUCUCCACAAACCGCCGCCACUCCAAAAUCUUGCUCACCACAAAACACCCUCUGAUCUCGAAUCAUUAUCAUCCCGUAGAGCGGUACUUGUUGCUUGACAACGAUCACCAUCGCCCUGCCGACCAUUCCUGGUUGGCAUCUCUCGAUUUCCCCUUCCAAUACCCAGUCUUCACCUCUCCCCAUAUAGUGGCCUCCAUCAACGGCUUGAUAUGCGUAUAUGUGGCCCCGACCUUAACGCCUGCGUUUGAGGUGCAAGUAAACAUACGACCCUACCAUCCGGAGGCACACGACUACAAAAUUGUGGUCCUUACACUCGACAAAGCCCCAGAGUUCAACGUCUAUUCCUUGAACUCAAACACGUGGCGCAGAGGUUUCCUCGACCGCCAAAUAAAGCUAAUUAGUAGCACGGGCGCUUUCGUGGGGAGAAAAAUGCACUGGCUUGUCUGCAAAGAUUUUGAGUGCCUUUACUCGUUCGACGUGGCGGAGGAGGUUUUUGCAGAGGUGGCCUUACCGCCAAAGGAUCGUGCAACUGGCUCGUCUGUGAAGGUUUUUCCACAUGUUAUAGUAACUGUACUGGGGGAGUCGUUGCUUUUGGGACAGGCCUCAAACAACUCUUGGACCAUUUGGGUGCAGAUAGGCGCUGGCGGCUGGAAGAAAUUGUACAGAGUGGAGGACCCAAUGGGCCUGCCGACUGUGUUUGUGUGUGUUUUGAAGAAUGGGGGGUUGGUCGUGGACAAGUACUAUUAUCCUGGCCCUUAUUAUGGCUUAGCUGCAUAUGACCCUAAGGGUAGGCAGUUUAAGUUCUUGGAGCCCUUGUCAUUGUCUCAACAACGGAACUUUGGGGGUGUGGCGUCCGUCAACGAUUACCAAGAGAGUCUCGUCCUCAUUGACUGCACGCCGCUUGGUGACAAACACCCUAGUUGCUCUAAUUGGUCUUGCCAAGCUCAAAUCAAAAGGAAUACACCCUCCACGCUAGUUGCUCCUGCCAACUUCAAAUCAAAAGGAAGACACCCUCGGGAGAAAAAUUAA